AGCGAGCUGUAGGGGAAGGGGAGAGGAUGCUGGAUGUGCUCCAGCGAUGGGGACAACACAGGGCAGAGGUGCGCUUCUUUCUACGUCACAACCGAGCCCCUAGCAGGGAAUCAGGAGGGUCAAGAGGCUCAGAACCAAAGAGAAAUGGAGUGAAGGGUCCUCCAGACAGAAGGAUGGAGAAUGGGGUGGCAGCACCCCGGAUGGACAUGACACUGGCCGAGCUACAAGAGAUGGCAGCGAGACAGCAGCAGCAGAUAGAGGCUCAGCAGCAGCUCCUUGCUUCCAAGGAGCAGAGGCUACGCUACUUGAAGCAGCAGGAGCAGCAGCAGCAGCAGCAGCAGGCCUCUGAGCAGGAGAAGCUGCAGCGCCUCAGAGAGAACAUCGAGAACCAGGAAGCUCGGCUCAAGAAGGUCCGGGCACUCAAGGGCCAGGUGGAGCAGAAACGCCUCAGCAAUGGCAAACUAGUUGAGGAGAUAGAGCAGAUGAAUAACCUGUUCCUGCAGAAGCAGAAAGAACUAAUGAUGGCUGCGUCAAAGGUGGAGGAGCUCAGCCGACAGCUAGAGUUGCUCAAAAAUGGUAAAACAGACAGCUUCCAUGACAACCAGAGCUCUGUGGCUGAACUAGACCGCCUUUACAAGGAGCUACAGCUGAGGAACAAGCUCAAUCAGGAUCAAAACUCUAAGUUGCAGCAGCAGAGAGAGAACCUGAACAAGCGCAACAUGGAGGUGGCUACCAUGGACAAACGGAUCAUUGAGCUCCGAGAUCGGCUGUGGAAGAAGAAGGCAGCACUGCAGCAGAAAGAGAACAUGCCUCAGCCCUCUGAUGGCCAAGCCGGACAGCAGUCAGGUCCAUCUCGUGUGGCGGCAGUUGGCCCAUACAUCCAGUCAUCCACCAUGCCUAGGGGCCCAGUGAGACAAGAUCUGCUUGUAAAACCAGCCUACCCAGACGGCACUGCCACCUUACCAGCCCACGACCUACACAGCAAAGCUAGCACAGGCCUUCAGCCAUCCAAGCUGGCAGACUGGGGUCCUGAAUCUAACACCAACACUCAUGGUUCAGCUUCAACACUGCCACGAAUGACCUCUCACUCCAACUCGAACAAAGAGAAGGAUGAGACAGAGUUAAAGCGGGACAAGAAAGUGCGUCCAUUUUCUAUGUUUGAGCCAACGGAGGCUCCUGCCACCUCCCUCCGCAAAAACCAGAGUAGUGAUAACUUGGUCAGAGAUGCUCAGUCUGCUCCUAAGGCCCCAAUCAAGGUACCUCCUCCUGUCCCCACCAAACCUAAAGGCCCUGGUGUCAUGCCCUAUGGCAAACCAGGCCUCAACACAGGCACCUUUCCUAAAGCAAAGCCUCACAGCCAGCAGCCCCAGUCUACCCAGGGCCGCAGCCCACUCCCAGCGUCACAGAGCCAGACACUCCCCCUACCCUCCAAGCAGGACACUCCACCUGCAGCCACAGUACGGCCCUUCACCCCAGAGCUGCCUUCCUCCAAAGACUCCAGCAUGAGUAAGCCGCAGACCUUAGCAGCCAGCUCCAUAUACUCCAUGUACACGCAGCAGCCUGGUGUGCAGGGUGCUCUCAGCAGGGCCCAAAACCGCACAAAUGGAUUUGUCAGUGUGUAUGGUAAACCAGUGAUCCCCAGUGGAGCCUCCCAGCAUCCAGAGAACCCUUACCAGGACCGCCGAUCCCCUGCUCCAGAAUCUGAGGUUGACUUCAGUGGAGCCAACGUGAGUCCCGGCUCAUCUGAGGGCCCCCAGCCAGAAACAGAGCGCAUCCCUCGGCCCCUCAGCCCCACCAAGCUGCUUCCUUUCAUUUCCAACCCCUACAGGCAUCAGAUCGAUGGUGACCUGGAAGCCCUGAGAAAGAAGCUCUACAAUGCCCCAAGGCCCCUGAAGAAACGCAGCUCCAUCACUGAGCCAGAGGGUCCUGCAGGGCCUAACAUUCAGAAGCUCCUCUAUCAGAAGACCACACUAGCAGCUAUGGAGACCACUGUGACUACACCAACCACUACCACCUAUACUGGUGAAUCAGAGAAGGUGGCAGAAGGGCCCAAGGGUCCACAUGCUCCAGGCCCUCUGAAAGGAGACAUUAUCCCCCCUCCUCCCCCGUCCCAUCCAGCCCCAAGGCUACAUGAUGCUCUUUUCCCACCACCACCCACUGCUGGUAUGGAGGACACAAUGCAUGACCUUUCCCCUCCACCUUCAGAGGGCUACCUGGAAGAGUUCCCCCCUUAUCCACCACCUCCGUACCCCAGUGGAGCAGAACAGGACAGCUUUGGAGAGGACACCUUUAACAUGAAGGCUCCUGAGGUCACUGGCCAGGUCACCCUGCCACCGGGGAAGAGGACCAACCUGCGCAAGCAAAACUCUGAACGUAUAGAUCACAAUAUGAGAGUAAAGUUCAAUCCUCUGGCUCUUCUGCUGGACUCUUCUCUGGAGGGAGAGUUUGACCUGGUCCAGAGAAUCAUCUAUGAAGUGGAGGAUCCCAGUCUGCCCAAUGACGAAGGCAUCACUGCUCUACACAAUGCUGUCUGUGCAGGACAUACAGAAAUCGUCAAGUUUCUGGUUCAGUUUGGUGUCAAUGUCAAUGCUGCUGACAGUGACGGCUGGACACCUCUUCACUGUGCUGCAUCCUGCAACAAUGUGCAAGUGUGCAAAUUCCUGGUGGAGUCUGGUGCAGCAGUGUUUGCUAUGACUUACAGCGACAUGCAGACGGCAGCUGAUAAAUGUGAGGAGAUGGAGGAGGGCUACACCCAAUGCUCUCAGUUCCUCUAUGGUGUGCAAGAAAAGAUGGGCAUCAUGAACAGGGGUGUGGUUUAUGGUCUAUGGGACUACACUGGUGAAAACCCAGAUGAGCUGUCGUUCCGUGAGGGAGACUGCAUGACUAUCAUCCGCAGAGAAGAUGAAGAUGAAAUUGAAUGGUGGUGGGCACGCAUGGGUGACACUGAAGGUUACAUUCCCCGCAACCUGCUAGGGCUCUACCCCAGAAUAAAGCCAAGACAGCGGAGUCUAGCUUAAAACACACGGAUCCCUGCAUUCUCCAAACACACACAGGCUUUAACAGACUGGAGUAGAGAAGGACACUGCUGAAAUGGAGAGACAGGGGUGGACCAAACAAUAUGAAGGAUCAACAAUGAACUCUUUCUGGCACUUUUCUGUAUCUACAGCAGAGGGAUUCCAGGCCUCUCUGUGUACUUUGUACUUUAGACACUAUUGGUAUUGUUUUCCUUUAUUGAGUCGUUUCAGACACUAAUUACAAAAGCAAUUUCUAAAGUGGCAGAAACUCGUUGGGAUGUAAAUGGAAGAAGCAGUAUUUGUAUUGCUAUAAAGUGAUUUUUACAUUCCAAAAAGACCUUUAAAAUUUGCUGACUGGACUACUGGUCAUUUUCUGUCAUCCUUGGAUCUGCACACCCGACCAGGUGAAUGAUGAUCUGUUACCAUGACAAUCCUUGGGGGCUUGUUUCUCUCCAUCUAUGUUGAGUGACCUUGCCUCUGUAUAACUGUGCUGGAGUUUCAGCUGUGACCACCACUGUUCUGACUAAAGAAAAUGUUUAGAUGAAAAAA